AGGCUCACCACCAGUAUGCUGAAGGUAAAGAGGCUGGAGGAAAUUAGCUCAUGCCACAGCAGCAACCCGCUGGAGAAGGUAGCCUUUUUUCAGUGCAUGGAAGAGGUGGAGAAGGUGAAAUGCUUUCUGGAGGAGAAUUCGAGUGAUCUGGAUCUGCAGUGUGGAGACAAUGAGGCUGAGGAAAAUGUGUGGUCCAACCGUGCACUAAACGGAAGGACAAUUGUCAAAGGAGGAAGGACAUCAGCCCUCACAGAUGACGUCCCUGCUCCUGCUGCCCCAUUUGAUCAUCGGAUUGUAAUGGCCAAACAUUCUGCAGUCGACAGUCUGUACACCGUGAGCAAAUCUGAGAUCCUAGGAGGGGGGCGUUUUGGCCAGGUUCAUAAGUGUGAAGAGAAAGCAACAGGCCUGAAGCUGGCUGCUAAAAUCAUUAAAAUUAGAGGUGCAAAGGACAAGGAGGAUGUGAAGAACGAGAUCAGCGUCAUGAACCAGCUGGACCAUGUGAACCUCAUUCAGCUCUAUGAUGCCUUUGAGUCCAAGCAUGACAUCAUCCUUGUCAUGGAGUAUGUGGAGGGCGGGGAGCUGUUUGACCGCAUCAUUGAUGAAAACUGCAACUUGACAGAGCUGGACACCAUCCUGUUCAUGAAGCAGAUCUGUGAGGGGAUAAGGUACAUGCACCAGAUGUACAUCCUCCACUUGGAUCUCAAGCCUGAGAACAUCCUGUGUGUGAAUCGGGAUGCUAAGCAAAUAAAAAUUAUUGAUUUUGGAUUGGCCAGAAGAUACAAGCCUAGAGAGAAGCUGAAGGUGAACUUUGGAACCCCAGAAUUUCUUGCCCCUGAAGUUGUGAACUAUGAUUUCGUUUCAUUUCCUACGGAUAUGUGGAGUGUGGGUGUCAUCACAUACAUGCUACUCAGCGGCUUGUCCCCCUUUUUGGGUGAUAAUGACGCUGAGACGCUGACCAACAUCCUGGCAUGCCGGUGGGAUUUAGAAGAUGAAGAGUUUCAGGACAUCUCAGAGGAGGCCAAGGAGUUUAUUUCCAAGCUCCUGAUUAAGGAGAAGAGUUGGAGAAUAAGUGCCAGUGAAGCUCUCAAGCAUCCCUGGUUGUCAGACCACAAGCUCCACGCCAGACUGCGUGCACAGAAGAACUGCAACUCUGGUGUUCUGAGCCUCACGACCAAAUAAUUCAUGGAAGGAGCCUAUUCAAAAGGAAAACUGCUGCGGUUGCUGCUGCUUUGAGAAGGCUUUUGGAAAAAUCAGCAGUUCUGGUGCCUUGACCCCUGGGAUGACUGGCAGCC